AUGGCUUCCGAGUACGACAUUAUCAUCAUCGGUGGCGGCCCGGCAGGGCUUAGCGCGGCCGCUUCCAUCGUGCGGCAAGACCACAAGACGAUCAUUUUUGAUUCUGGCAAGUAUCACAACGCCGGGGCAAAGCAUAUGCAUACUGUUCCCUCGUGGGACCAUCGUGAUCCUGCCGAGUUCCGAGCUGCCUGUCUUGCCGAUUUCAAGCGGUAUGGGAGCGUUACUGUCGAGAACAUUGAGAUUGACAGUGCCAAGAAGAACGAGGACAGCACUUUCACCGUAAAAGGGGGUGGGAAGACCUGGACUGGCAAGAAGUUGCUUCUUGCCACUGGUGUCGAGGACGUCUUUCCGGAGAUCCCAGGCUAUGCAGACUGUUGGGUCUCGGGCAUCUUCCACUGCCUCUACUGCCACGGGUGGGAGGAGAAGGAACACUCGCCCUCCGCAGGGAUGCUGGCCGAGGGCGACACAGGAAACGUCCUCGUCGCCCUGCACUUUGCCCGCCAAGCCCUGCGCAUCGCGCAGCACGUCACCCUCUACACGAACGGCAACGACGAGCUGGCAGCGCAGCUGACGGCCGCCCUGGCGGCGGCGCCGGCCCCCAUGACGGUGAACGCCAACAGGAUCUCAAAGCUGGUCAAGGCCCCCGAGCGCUCCCGGAUCACCCUCCACUUCGAGGACGGCACCGCGCAGACCGAGGCCUUCCUGGCCCACAAGCCCAAGACCCGCCUGAGGGGCGAGCUGGCGCAGCAGCUGGGGCUUGAGAUAACGCCGAUGGGCACGGUCAAGGUCAGCCCGCCUUUUAACCAGACUACGGUUAAGGGUGUCUUUGCUGCUGGGGACUGCUCGUCUCCUAUGCAUACUGUUACUUCUGCUCUUCACUCUGGGACAUGUGUUGGAGGUGGCGCGCCGCUGCAGAUACAGGCUGAGAUGUACAACCAGGCCGCGAUCUUCCAAUGA